UAUCCAGAUCGCUCUGCCAGUUUCAGCCGAGUGGAGCCGACUCCGAGUGAAGUGCGUCCGAGCCAAUCCUUGGCAUUAAGCACACGAUUAAUACGUUGGAAGCUGUUACUAGCUGCCAGAAUAUCAAUCAUGUCUGCUGCUCUUUAUUUCUGCCUUCUGUGUUGGUGUCUCCAGAACAGCGCUGCUGGAGUAGACCCGACCCCACCACGGGAUGUGACCAUGAUCACCAUGAACACCCAUUACAUACUGAGCUGGGACUAUGGCCAGAGUGCUGCAGACUCUCACAAUGUCACCUUCACCACACAAUAUGUUGCGAAGUACAAGCUGAAGUCCAAGAAGAAGGAUCCAAUCUGGUCCACGUCAUGUAAGGAGACGUCAGAGAUGUCAUGUGAUCUUACAGCAUGCAACCUGCACUACCUGGGCAUCUACAUGCUUCGUGUACGAGCCAAUGUGAACCGGAAUCACUCCGACUGGGUGCACAUGGAAUUCUGUCCUGAUAAAGAUGCUGCUGUAGGACCUCCAUCGACAGUGAACCUUGCUCCUGCUGGAAGUGACCUGGACGUUUUCAUCUCUGAUCCUCUGACCAGCACCAACAGCUCAAUGAAGGAGCAUCUUCCUAAGCUGUACUACGAUAUUCUUUACUGGGAACGCUCUCUAAACAGACAGGCCUCAACGACCCAGACAGUAAGCAGCAGUGCCAGUUUGGUGACUUUGCCAAACUUGAAGCCCUGGACCUGGUACUGUGUGAGCGUGCAGACGCGCUAUGACUUCUACAACAAAAGCAGCAGCUUCACCUCACCGCAUUGCAUGCAGACAGAAGGUGCUACUCCAUGGUGGCAGAUUUUUGUAUACUUUUUGGGCUCUCUUGUCAUCUGCUUUGUCGUCGUGCUGCUCUCACUCUAUGGCUCUUUUUGGUGCUGCAAGACCUUCAAGACGGCAUUGUACCCUCCGAACCAGCUGCCCCCACACUUUAAGGAUUACCUUUUUGACUCUCCAGCCUCUGACGUUCCGCGCCUUCUCACCCCGGAUUCAGAAUCAUUACUGCUGUGUGACAAUGUGACUGUCUGUCCUGAGUCAACUGUCUUGGAAAUUCAUAACCCACCCCUUGAAGACCUUCCAACACCAACAGCAGGCUUGGACCCAGACAACAGUGGCAGACACAGUCGCCAGGACAGCAGCAGCAGUGGAGACUCUGGCGUUUAUUCUACAGGAGGCAGCUCCAACUUAAGGCAGUCCAACACCACCAAGUCCUCUGCAGGUGCUCAAGACAGCUGCCAGGGUUUGUGUGACUCAGAGCAGAUGAAGAUGCAGGAGAUGGCUCCAGGGCUUAACAGUCCACCUCUGAUCGCAGAUGAGGGCGUUGUAGACAUGUGUGUCUGAAGCUGUGCACAGGAAAAUCUAUUUUUUCGAAGAGCAUUCUGCUGGGCGUCCGGAUAACUCAACAGGUGGGGCAGGCAACCCAUGUACAGGGGCUAUAGUCCCCAGUGCAGCAGCCGCGGUUCGAUUCAAGCCAGCGGCUCAUUUGCUGCAUGUCCUUUCCCCACUCUUCUCCUCAUAUUUCUCUGUCACGCUUUCACUGUCCUAUACAUUAAAGGCAGAAAAGCCUCAAAAAAUAUCUUUUAAAAAAAAGAAGAGCAUUAUGCUAAGAGGAUUUUAUGGAAGAUGCACAUGUUUGAAGUGUGCAGUGUGCCCUUUUUGCACCUUUUAACUGUGAAGCAGUAGAGGUAUGUGUGCUGUCUGUUAUAAAUGGUAUAUGGAAGAAAGACACAAGCUGAUGAGUGACAGACUCACACAAGAAACAAACAUGAACUGUUGCUGAGGCAUCCAAUGUUGCCAGCCUCCAUGUAAUGCUGAAGACAAGCCACAAUACUGCUGACUUGAGCUCCCUUUGUUUUCCAAAAUUCUGGUCCUUAUUUGGACCAGAUUGUUAUUAUAUUUCCACCAAACAGGAGGUGCUGUUGGUGCUGAUUUAAAUAGAUUUUACAUUCCCUUCUCCUUGUCUUCAACAGCUGCUGUCUUGACCCUGCAUUCAUGCAAUGAGUGGUUAAUGUGGGGCUUGAAUUUGACUGAGUGUAACUGAGAGGAUUGUAUCUCUGGAGCAGUCUGCAUUAACAUUGGUUUGGGUCUUUUACUGCCACAUUGCUUUAACCCUCAAGUGACCAGUAGGUCAUUUUUGUGAUGUUAUGUUUUGAUUUUUGGUCAUUUUGGCAGUGUUAAUGCAUAUGGCAUAAAAAUGUAGUAAAUGUAUGUAUUUUGGGGGUCCUGGGGCUCCCAUAAUGCAUCAAUAAUACACUGUGUGCACAAAACAAUUACACUCUGGACCUUAAAGACCAAAAUGUCUCAUGCAGAGAGAUUAAAAACUGCUAUUUUUGAUGUCUUCUGUUAAUGUUAAUACAAGCCUUUUUUGGAUCUUCUAGUGUGUGGCUCUUGUUCUAUAUUUAUAUACACUACUCACAAAAAGUUAGGGAUAUUUGGCUUUCAGGUGAAAUUUAUGGAAAAUGUAAAAAGUUCACGCUACAGUGGUAUUACAUCAUGAAAGUAGAGCAUUUAAAUAGAAGCAUGCAAUGGUGAUUUCUAGGGCUGGACCCGAAUAGCCGACUAUUUGUUCGCUCUGCUGGUAUUGGGAUAGCAAUUUUGAUCUCUGAAUAUGACUUUCAUCAGAGAACAGCACUGAGGCCCACUGUAACCUCAUCCAGCGUAUAUGCUCCCUCUGCCUGGUGGUUUGGUCAGGUACCCUUGGAGGUCGUCUAGCACGCAGACCACGCUGAUGGUCUGACGUGACACUUCACCUCACUUAAAUGUGCCUGGAGUUGAGUGGCAUUCAUCAUCCAGUUCCACAGGGCAAUGUUCACAAUGAAGCGGUCAUCAGAUGAAUGGACGGAUGGACGGAUAGAUGGGUAGAUACUUUGUUAAUCCCGAGAAAAAUUCAACAUGGGCAUCAUCAGUAUGGGAUGUGGCCAGAGGACGUCCACUUCUAUGCCUUUCUGUGACUCUUCCAGUCUCCCUGUAUCUCUGCUCCCUGCUGAUGACACUCAGUGGCCACUUCUGUCUGAGAACAUCCUGUUUGAAGCUGUGCAAUGGCGAGGUACUGUUGAUCAGUUGUUAGGCGUCGUCUUGGUCUCAUGAUGUCAAAAUGUGAACAGCAUGAUGGGGAGUACUGUUUAAAUACCAAUUCUAAUUGAACAAGGAAAUUCGUUGGUCGAUUCAUGGAUCAAACACCUGUUGUUGCUGUUGCCAGCUGCUUGCUCAGAGGGAGUCCAAAGGCUACUUUGUACUGUUGGGUUUUGUGUUACAAUUUGUAAGGUCUAUACCUUACUAUGUAAAGAGCUUUCAGAUGGCAUAUGUUGUAAACUGCGUUGUGUAAAUAAAAUUGAAUUGAAAAUUGAAUUGUGAAUUUUGCUGUUAAGCUCCUUCUUAGAGAACAGCAAGUUGUGCAGAAAUUGCUGAAACAUUGAACUGGUGGACAUUCAAAAGUUUAGAGAAGGUCAUAUUAAGUUCACCUGUAAAGGUUAUAGUGCAGGUUCAUCCUGAAAUUUCACCCGAAAGCCAGAUAUCCCUAACCUUUUGUGAGUUGUGUGUGUGAGUGUUUGUGUGUUUGUUUGUGCGUGCGUGCGUGCGUGUAUAUAAUCUCUGUAUAGAGGGGUUUGUCAUGCCCUCAUUGACAUAAACUGGAUGAAUAAAAUAGUAGAGCAACUCAUUAACCCGCUGAAGCCCAUGCAGUUUUAUGUGUGUCUUCUACUCCUGUAUCAUUUUUCCUCACUGUAUGUUCAUUUUUCAUUGCAAUAUAAAAGGAAGGAGCAAGAACUCAGAAA